ACACACAGGGGCGGGUGGUGCGGGCGGGAGCGGGAGGCAGGGCUCAGCCCCGGCGGCGGCGGCGGGGCUUCCCCGACUCGCUGCCUGCCCGCCGCCGUGCCCGAGCCGCUCCUGCUGCUGGGCUGCUGCCUGCGGCCGCAGGACCCGACCGAGCCGGGCCGAGGGGAGCGCGGGCGGCUGCUGGCGGCGGCCGAGAUGAUGGCGGAGGGCGGCGGCGGGCCGGCGCGCAGGAAGGCGCUGUCGCUGCUGGAGGCGGCCCGAUCCCGCUACGAGAGCCUGCAGAUCUCCGACGACGUCUUCGGGGAGUCGGGCCAGGAUAGCAGCGGGAACCCCUUCUACAGCACCUCGGCCGACUCCCGCUCCGCCGCCUCUUCUCAGGACGAGGAGGACGACGAGGAGGACGAGGGGCGCCCGGGGGCGCCGAGCCCUCGGGGCAGGGCGGCCCGGCGUCGCUCUCCCCGGGCGGCGGCCACCCCGGCGGAGCGGCGGCGGCAGCGGCAGGUCUGCGGCGGCAGCGCCGUCCAGGGCGGCCCCGGCCCUAUGGAGGAGGAGGAGGAGGAGGAGGAAGCGGAGAAGGGGGGCUGGACCCGGUCGCUGCGAGACGUCCCACCCCCUCCCUUCAAGGAUGGCAGCGGUCCAACACGAAAAAUGCCCCUGACUGCCAGUGCCAUGGACUUCUUUCAGCUCUUUGUCCCUGACAAUGUACUAAAGAAUAUGGUGGUCCAAACCAACAUGUAUGCCAAGAAGUACCAGGAGAGGUUCGGUAGUGACGAUGCCUGGAUUGACGUCACCUUGACAGAAAUGAAGGCCUUCUUAGGCUACAUGAUAUCAACCAGCAUCCACCACUGUGAGUCUGUUCUCAGUAUCUGGAGCAGCGGCUUCUACAGCAACAAGAGCAUUGCACUUAUCAUGACACAAUCACGGUUUGAGAAGAUCCUGAAGUACUUCCACAUUGUGGCCUUCCGCUCGAGCCAGACAACGCAUGGCCUCUACAAAAUCCAGCCUUUUCUGGACUCUCUGCAGAAUGGCUUUGACUCUGCUUUUAAACCUUCACAAGCCCAGGUACUACAUGAGCCCCUCAUUGAUGAGGAUCCUGUUUUCAUUGCUACAUGCACAGAGAGGGAACUGCGCAAGAGGAAAAAGAGGAAAUUCAGUCUCUGGGUUCGGCAGUGCUCAUCCACUGGUUUCAUCUGCCAGAUUUAUGUCCAUCUCAAAGAAGGGAGUGGUGCAGAUGGGCUGGAUGCUUUAAAGAACAAACCGCAGCUUCACAGUAUGGUGGCUAAAAGCCUUUGUCAGAACGCCUCUGGGAAGAACUACAUCAUCUUCACAGGCCCGAGCAUUACCAGCCUGAAUCUCUUUGAAGAAUUCGAGAAGCAAGAGAUUUACUGCUGUGGGUUGCUGAGCACCAGGAAGAGUGACUGCACAGGCCUACCUCCAUCCAUGCUGAACAAUUCUGAAACUCCACAGUCCAGAGGGCAGUACAGAAUAAGAAUGAAGGGAAACAUGUCCUUGAUCUGCUGGUACAAUAAAGGGCACUUUCGUUUUCUGACCAACGCCUAUUCACCGGUUCAACAAGGAGUUAUAAUUAAGAGAAAAAGUGGAGAAAUUCCAUGCCCAUUGGCAGUUGAAGCCUUUGCUGCUCACCUUAGCUAUAUCUGCAAAUAUGAUGACAAAUACAGCAAGUAUUUCAUUUCUCACAAACCAAACAAGACCUGGCAACAAGUAUUCUGGUUUGCCAUCAGCAUCGCCAUAAAUAAUGCCUACAUCCUCUACAAAAUGUCAGAGGCCUACCAUGUGACAAGGUACAGCCGCGCACAGUUUGGUGAGAGACUUGUAAAGGAGCUUCUGGGCUUGGAAGACACCUCACCCUCCCAUUGAUGCAUUGUUCCUGGUGGCAUAGGCAGGGGCUGAAGGGUAAGCAGAAGAAACCACACCUGGAGCAGCAAAGCAAGGAACUUGUGACACCACCAGUGCUGUCAUCCGAAAAUGCCAAGUGAUGCCACUAGAGAGGUGGAAACUUUGUUCCCAGUAGCAGCUGGAUGUAAACAUGUCGUGCAGAAAGUGCCACUGGAAAAGCUGACACAAAAUUGCAUAUGUGAAUGCCCUGUGGGAAUCUGUACACCCAAAACCGACGUAAACUAGUUGUCAUCUCAAUACUAUUUGUUGAACAGGGUCAUCUUGUAAAGUUACUCUUGGGCCAGGAGCUUGUCAUAAGCUGGCAUAGCUCAGCAGUCCUAGACAGGUAUUAUGGAAAACUCUAUACCGUGCUUGGAGUUACGAAAUUCUGGGACAAGCGAUGUAAGUCUGCACCAUGGGCUGUGGCUGGGAGUGCCGGCCAUCCCAGGGCGUCGCUGCUGUCUUCCCAGUGUGAUAAACAGAGCAGUUCAGAUACAUGAUCACUGAAGCAAGCAUAUUGACAAACAAAACCUUCACAGGCAGACAGCCAGGAACCGAGGACCAGUCAAGAUUUUUUCUUUCUGUGUUUUUUUUUUUUUCCUGUUUCUAUUAACGUCAUGUAAGGCAAUUUGAUCCCAGUUAGUACACAAAAAAGUUAGGAGAAACCAAAUACAUUAGUGAAUUUAAAAUGAAAACACAUUAUAUUGGUUUUCUUUUAUAACCAGGACAAAACAUUUUAUACACAAACACACAGUGAUUAAUACUGUAAGUAUUAACAGGGAGUAAACCAUUAAGUAAUACUGCCUCACAUCUUAACUGCCACGGUCAGUGUACAGGUGAGAAUUUCAACUCUAUCUUAAAUGUUGCUUGAAAAGAUAAUGUAAUGGACUGUAAAGGUUUUAGGAACAACAAUUUCUUGCUUUUUCCUUUGUAACUGUCAAGACUUUUUUGGUCAACUUUAGAACUCCAUUUGACACACAGUUGGCAGGAAAAAAAUAAGUCACUAAUAGCUGUGUGUUUCCCAUUAUCACUGUGGUGCGUUCUGUAGGAAUUCUUUUUGUUAGAAUUCAGGGCUUGUUAUGGUAGCUGUAAUAGAGCAGAUUACAUGUUUAGCAAAAUAACAUAGCAUUGCGUUUUACAAAAAGAAGUCCAGUUGCAACCAGACCUUAAACCUCACUAAAACAGAGCAAGCCCAAAGAGUUCUUCUGUUCUUAGUAACACUGUAGAGGACAAGCAUCGUCGUGAGCUGGUGGCCAAAGCUGAAAUGCCACGUUUUGGUGCUGGUGGAAUCUGAAGGCCACUCGAGCUUCAGAAAACAAUACCAAAAGAGAGAGGUAUGAUUGAAACAAGGGAGAAUCGAUACUGAAGUGAAAUGCUACCCUGCCCUCUACCCUUUAUUGAUUUCAGUCCACAACUCAAUCAGCAAAAAACUCCGUGUUCUAAAGGUUAGCAGUGAUGAACACAAACAGAAUUGCAUUAACUUAUGGGGCAGAAACCAUGUUGCUUAGAGGACCAACUGGUUUUAGGUCCCCAAGCCUGAAAAGUUUUAUUGAAGAAUGACUUGAGUUGACUCAAGAGGAAUGGAGUGAUCAACUGAUUUACUGAUUUAUGAUUGUAAAUCUCACCAGGUUAUAUGUAUCUAUCUGGCAAGAGGCAAUAGAGGGUAACCGACAUGAAUUUGAAAACUCCUCAGAUUUCAUCAUUAUGCGAUGUGCAAAUGCAUAGCAUGUAAAUAAUAACAGAGAGAGAAUCCAGCAGGGGUUAGUAAAUUAACGACUAGCCCAUAGAGUAUCAUUGCACUGAUACCUUUCUGUUUCCACCAAAGUCUUAUUUUUUGGAGCAGACUUAGAUCUCACCUGGUUGCGGGAAGAGUAAGGGAAUGGCCAACUCCUCAGUGGUUUUGCUUGUGAUACAGCCUGGAGCCUGUCCCACACGUCCUGCUCUGCCUUCCAGCUGCACAGUGUACAAGAGCGGGAUUCCUAAGAAUCCCUUUUCGCUUCUCAGUCCACAGGGUCUGCUCCCAGGAAACACGUGAGAAAGGACAAAACCUUGUGCACUGAGGCCUCCUAGCCUCAAAAGGAGGGAGAAGGUUUGUACCACUCUAGUCCUUGGCAAUGCCAAGCUGCAUAGGAACCCAGGGAGGAGUUCAAAACUUCUUAGCCCCACAGAGAACUGAGACCACCCCUCUUUGGACUGUGUGUGAUAGCUGGUUCUUGUCAGUCUUGUAAGUAUUCAACCAGAGAGAAGAGCUAGCCCGAAGCAUGAAAAACAAAAGUUCAGCAAUAUAAAAGACCACAGUUUCCCUUUUCAGGAAAUUUCACAGAGGUACCAAAAGGCAAAUGGUGUUCUUAUUGCUCCCUGCUUCAGACAAUGCCAGCUGAUAUUGGAUCAGGAAAAGUAGCAAAUAAUUCAUUACAUCCCAUAAAUUUAUAUGGUAGUCAAAAUUGGGGCAGUAAGGAAAGGUCUCUGGCUGGAACUUUGCUGAUGGGAUGUCUUGAAUGAACAGUAUCUGCUUCCUUUCCUUCCCCUGCCAUGCUGGAGCUUUUGCAGGGUACCUAUACCCCCAGCAGAGAUGGGGCGGUUUGCAAGACCACCUUGGAGCCACUUGGCAUUUCUGAGGAGUAGGCAGAGCACUCUCCAGCUGUAUUGUGGGCCCCUGGGAUAAAUCUGGAGCCUUUGGCCAAUUGUUAAAUUACUAUGUAUGCUUAAAGGCCUGGAUCUAGGCCGUCCCAUACAGGAAAUGCCUUUUCUUUUUCAGGUGAAGUAGGCCUGAGGCCUUGGAAUAUUUAAUUUUUCACUAAUGUAUUCUGUUAAUUAUGUGGAUUACUUGAGCUCAAAUCAUGAGGUCCUAGCUUUUUGCCUCAGGGACUGGGUCCUGAGUAGUUUUCCCUAGAAUUGGUGUUGACGGGGGAUUACACAGUGGCUGACUAUUACAGGGAAGAUGCUUAGGCUCCUUUGUAAAGGAGAAAAAUGAAAACAAAAUUAUAGCUUUGCAAUGAAUUUCAUUUUCUUAGCCUUAACCAUCCCUCAUCAUUCUGAACUGGUGUCCUAAACAUGCACAAACAUUCCAUAAGUAAGCAAAAAUAUUUAUAUAUAUUUAUAUGUACAAAAUGCCUGAAUUUUGGCUCUUGAAGCCAACAAGCAAAAGCCACCAAAGCAUAGCGUAGAUCCACAGAUGACUCUUCCCCCUCAUCUUUUCCUUUUAUUGACUGGAAGUGGAUAGGGUUGGGGAAAGUUAGGAUUUCUGCUUGUUGAAAAAGCAUCUUGCACUUUCUCUGUUACUACAACCAAGGCAAAAUAAUUAAGGAAGAAAUUGAAUAAUUUUUAGAAGGCUAAAGCUUGUUAACUGCAGCUCAGCCUCUGUAGCAUUUCCUUUACUGCAAACUGGCUUUCUCAGAUUUGGUUCCCCACCUGCUCAUAAUAUUAAAGCUUCUCCCUAGUUAAAGGGCGGGGGGAGGGAGGGGAAGUUAGUCUCAAAGUAGUGCAAGGAUGCUAGUUAUAGUGUGUGUGUCUAAUUGUGCAGUGACUUGUGAAAUGAUAGUUUGGUUUGUUUGGGGGGCUUUUUUGUAGCCUUAAGACAAUCUGGGUAAGAUGGUAAAACUCAGCAGUAGAUGAAAUGCAGUGGAAAUGCCAGCCAGGUCACAGAGGAAUGUCACUAAACUUUCUCAAAAAAAAAAAAAAAAGGUUUGAUGCUGAAGGAGCCAUAGGAGCACAGCAUGGCUCGUUUCUCUCCUGCUGAAUUGAAUUUUCAUUCACAGGUACUUCUGAAAAAUGAUAAUGACUUAUUUAUGGUAUGCAGACUUUGUUUCAAAGAACUGAGACCAUUGGUAAGACAUACUGAUCACCUUCUAUGCACAGUACUUUCAAGAAAUGUCUGUCAUGCCACGAUCCAUUCUUGGAAAACAUUUCUUUUCCCAGUGUGAUAUAACACUCACUAGAGCUUGGAAGUCACUGUGAAGUGGUUUCCAUUGUUGUCUCAGUUGAAAAAUGCUUCAAGGGCUUGCAGAAACUCUGCCACUUUUAACUUCAGCCCGUCUGUGCACUUGACACUAGGGCACAAUAUAAAUAGAUCUCAUCUCCAUUUUCUGUUUCUAUUCUAUAGAAACUCUUCUACGUUUACAAGUAGUCCAAGAAUCCUAAUUUGUAGAAGUACAACUUUGUUUCCUUCAGGUAAUCCCUAGAGAAAAAUGAAUUCAGCUGUUUCCAGACUGACAUUAAGGACAGCAACUCAAAAAGACCAUUCCCAUUCUUUAUCUCCAGCUGUAUUUCUGUGGCCUUUUUUUGGUUUGUUUGUUUUUUGUCUAGAGAGGUUACUUUUUACUUUCCUUCUAACAUUUAUUUAGGAGUCUGUCUUUAACUGGUGAGUAGUGAAAGAAGCCUCCAAUAUCUUAUUCUUACAUGCCUUAGUCCCCUAGUCCUAGAGCUGAUUUUAGGGAUUACGCUGCACUGAUAAUUCUGUGCAUCUGUGGUACUUUCCAAGCAAGGAUUGCAAAGUGCUGUAACAACCUCAGCACUCCUGAGACAUCAUUAGCUUCUCAAACAGGAGCUUCCCCUUUCUUAAUCAGACGCCAAGGCACAGCACAGAUAAGGGGGGUGAUGAAAUUGUAAAGUGGAGUUUGCACUUCUGUGAUUAAGGCCACGUUCUGCAUUUUCAGCAACUUGGUUCUUGUUCAAAUGCACUUUUCCAAACUAGAAAUGAAAGCAUGCCAAAUAUCAUUCUCCCCCUGAAGUAAGGGCUGGGGGACUUAGCACAGGUUCCUUCAUACAGGCCAGCAUGUAUGAGUCAAAGCCAAGUUGCACUGCAGGUAAGAAAAAAUGUGAUAAAACAUAGGAGCGCAACCAGUCCAGAGGAACUUAAAGGAGAUAAAUGGAAAAUCUGAAGCUCUACAAUAGUCCAGUCACCAGUGUGAAAUUCAGACAAAGAAUUACUGAGUUGAGAAAAGUCGGUGAAGCUUAGAUGGAAUAUGAAGUCUUCCAUCCAUCUCUGUUGUGGAGUUUGCCAUGGCACUUUCUUCUUGGUAGGACUGGUGUAAGAUUGGUUGUAAAACGAACUCAUCUCAAUCUGAUUGAGAAAAAUAUUCAAGUCUUGAAGGGCUGUUGUUUCACAGAGACAAUGAACUCUUAAGCUCAAAACAGGUAUAUAUUUGACCUGCUAUUAACUAGGAUAUUCGCACUGACAGAUCACAUCAUCUCCUCAAAUGCAAGCCUGUCGCCAGUGUUACUUGAUAUAUAUUCAUUCUUGUAACAAUUCUUCCCUAAGAUACCUUUGUUUCCAGAAGCAUUAUGAACUGGAAGCACCCCUGUAUCAGAAUCAUCAUCAUCAUCUCACUUCCUCAGUUAGGAACAGCUGUGCUUUGUUCAGAAAGAGUAUCUUCCUCUUCUUCUGAGCAAAAGCUCUGUCUCUUCAGAAAUGUAGCCCUGGAGAAGUUUCCUGCCCUGUGUUUUCCUUUGCUUCCCUCAUUCCAUGCAUUUAAAGCACAUCCAAGUCAUCCUGCAGGUUCUUGGUCAGUCUGGAAGAGUUGACAACACAGAGUUGGCCCUUCAGUUUAUAUUUAUAGCAUUGCUUUGCUGGCCCUUUUUGCUAUUUUGCAAAUCUCAGAUGAAACAGGGUAUUGUUUCUGAAGCCUGUACUGAUUGCAAUCACUGUGAGGGUGUUGCCUGCUUUGCCCCAUUAGUGCUGCCCCAUCUGUGUGGGCACAAACCAGUUACCAGCACCAUCACACCCGCUGCUCCAGCUGAAAAGGCUGUAACAUUCCUCAGCUUUGGAUCAUUGUCAGAGAGGGGCCUUGACAGGGUCUGGGGAGUCUUUUUGUGUUUUGUUUUGUUUUUAAACCCUUCCGCUCUGAUGGGUCUGGUGGACAGCUUUUAGGCAUCACAAAAAGGCCUUAAGUGGUAAACCCCUUUUGUAUCACUUUUCUGAAGUAAUAAUUACUUGUAUGAGAUGUCAAGGUGGUCCACAUGAUCUGUAGUGCAAAAAUCGUACCCGUGAAAGAUCAUUUGCUCUAACUGAACAACCCUUGAACGCCUGGGUGACCUGGAUCAAGCACCUAGUGGGAGAGGACCAUCAUGCCUUGCUUUAGGACCACAAUAUGUACAGCCUGACCAGAUACACAAAUGGGGAAAAGAGAUAAGUGUGAUUUGGGAUCCAAGCUCCUUGGACAAGCAGACUUCAUAGUCAAGAUAGUCUCAGAAGUUUUUCUAAGGAAGGCAAGAUGCCAGGCCUAUGCAGUUUGCUCCCAGCCCUGGCAACUCUGUUUCAAAAAUAAAGAAUCUGGCAAAUACUUUCAUGCUUCAAGUACUUUACAGUGUGCUCUGUACUUCAGAGUAUUUUGGCCUAUUUCCAGUAGUUCCCAAAAAAAGCCUAGAAAUUGAAAAGCAAAGCACAGUACACUAGGUUCAGCUGUCCAGAACCUCAACCUGCUGGUGUCAAAGUAAAUUUAUGGUCUUGUUCUCAGUCUGUGUCAAGGUGUACGCAAAACACGACUGCUGAACAAUAUGCACGUCUCUAUGAAAUGGAGUUACUCAUUUGAUGGAAAACAGUUUGCAGGUGCCUUGGACUUACUUUUGCAACCUGGAUUUUUCUUCUAGUUAUAAACCAAAUCUUUGCCUGGCAUUUUAGUCCUGAAAUAGAAAAAUAGCUUGACCCCAUGGUCUGGGUGUGAGAUUAGAGAUAACAAAACUCAGGUUUAAUCCAGAGAUUAAUCUCAUCCUGUAAAGGUGAGGCCAGUCAGCAUGGUCUGACAUAAGGAGGCAUUCAAGAGGAACAGUGAGUUUGAGGAGGCAGAGGAAACUUCAGAGGCUGGGUAUGUGGAGGGAGAGGAGCCAGGUGAUCCCUUUAACUCUCAUCAUUCCAGCAUGUGUACCCCCCUCCCCUGCCACCUUUGAAUUAAAAAGAAAAGGCUGAUGUUCAACACAAACAGUCCUGCACAGCUGCUUUAGCAACAUAAACCCUGCUUUAGCUACAUCCCUGGCCUCACUCUAUGCCUUUCCUUACACUAUCCAUGAUCAGUACUUACCAACCUUGGAGUCACAGCACUGCUGCAUGUCAGCACAGCAUGGAAGCAACAGACUGUGGAAGCACCACAGUAGAAACAGGAACAAUGGGGAUUCUGGAGAAGGAAUCUCCCCCUCAGUGUUUUGUUUUCAUUUAUUUUCAGUGUGUGCAACUUACAUUCCAUCAAAUGCAGUGACAGUUCCAAACAUGAGGAUGGGCCUUAGCUGGCCAAGGGCUUUCAAGACCACUGGGCUGUGCUCACACCAUCAGCAACUGCAGUUCUGUUGCAAAGUUCCAUAUUCUUUAUAAUUCUAGAGAUUCCUGUUGAAAGCAUAAAUUCCAGAGGUAAACCAUACACUGCAAAUUGCUUUUUCUUUUUUCUUUUUUUUUUUUUUUUUUUUCUUCUUUUUUUAAAACCUUCUCAGAGCAAUUUUAUAACAGCCAAGUCUUUAAGGAAAUGCAGGUGUGUGACCUCUUUCCAGUAAGAGAUACACAACUGUAUUUCUGCAUGGGACAGGGAACUACUUUUGUGACACCGGUUUUGUUCUACACAAAGGCACGCUUGCAAUAAAUUUUUACAAGUUUUGUACACCAUGAGCUAAAUUCUGAGUUCCAAAAAUGUGAAGUGUGGCAACAAUAACAAAAUGGAUUUAUAGUAUCACUCUGAUAUCUUGUCAUGUGAUUUUAUUUCUUCAACAAAGUUUGUUUACAAUCAACAACUUUGAAAUACAGUCAGAUAUAUUA